UGCUGUGAUCUGGGAUUCCACGCCAGCCUCGCUCGGACGUUCAGGACGUACCUGUCUGCCGAGUACAACCUGGAAACCUCGCGCCACGAGGGCCUGGACAUCAUCGAGAACGCCGUGGACAACCUGGAUGCACGGAGCGACAAGCACACCAUCAUGGACAUGUGCAACCAGGUCUUCUGCCCUCCGCUGAAGUUCGAGUUCCAGCCUCACAUGGGGGACGAGGUGUGUCAGGUCAGUGCCCAGCAGCCCGUGCAGACCGAGUUGCUGAUGCGGUACCACCAGCUGCAGUCACGACUAGCCACCCUCAAGAUAGAGAAUGAAGAGGUACGAAAAACUCUGGAUGCCACAAUGCAGACUUUGCAGGACAUGCUGACGGUGGAAGAUUUUGACGUUUCUGAUGCCUUCCAGCAUAGUCGCUCCACUGAGUCGGUCAAAUCAGCCGCAUCAGAGACCUACAUGAGUAAAAUAAACAUCGCCAAGAGGAGAGCCAACCAACAGGAAACCGAAAUGUUCUAUUUUACAAAAUUUAAAGAGUAUCUGAAUGGCAGUAACCUUAUCACAAAGCUCCAGGCUAAACACGACUUGCUGAAGCAGACCCUUGGAGAAGGUGAAAGAGCCGAAUGCGGAACAACCAG